GUGAUUACCCACAAUCCACCGCUGGUGGAGGUAGAGGGCGCCUUUUGCUAAAGCUGCGGCUGCGUGUCUGGCAAGACUGAAUGAUUCCUCAUCCAUGAAAACACUCACGCCGUAAUAUUGGUGGACCAAAUUUGUUUUGUUUGAUCUUCCUCACUUCAGUUUACGGCAAAGCAACGCCGGGAUGGCUCCAUUUAGCUUCAUGACAGCGAGUGUUAGCCUGUUGGCGAAGUCCUUCAAUGUCUUCUCCUGCACAAGCACUUCUUUGGCAAGAGUUGUCCAGGCUGCUUACAGCAACCCAGUAAAAUGUCUGUGUACCCAUGCCUAUGGACCUCCAAAGAGGCCUCUCAAUGGAUACAUGAGAUAUACUUUGCAGCAGAAGCCACGCAUGAUGAUGCAAAACCCAGAAUUAAAACCAACAACUAUCAUCAGUAAGAUUGCCCAGGAGUGGAAAACGAUGAGCCAAGAACAGAAACAGCCAUUUGAAGAUGCCUUUCUGCGUGAAAAGGAACAAUUCAAUAUUGAUUUGAAGGACUAUAAGGCCCAGUUAUCCCCAGAAGAGAUCGAACAAGAAGUCAAUGAGAAGAGGCAGAGGACUGCCAAGAGGAAGGCCAUUCGCAUGAAGCGGAUGUUAACCAGGCUGGGGAAGCCCAAACGCCCCCGCUCACAAUUCAACAUCUUCAUGUCUGAACAUUAUAAGGAAGCCAGAGGAACCACCUUACAGGCAAAGAUGAAGUCUCUGUUGGAGGACUGGAGGAAUCUUUCUAACAAUCAGAAACAGAUAUUCGUAGAGUUGGCCAUGGACGACAAAAUCCGUUACAACAAAGAGAUGGCGUCAUGGGAGGAUCACAUGUUGGAAAUCAGACGAGAAGACCUGAUCAGAAACAAGACUUUGUUGGCCAAAAGAAAAGCUUCGGAAACGGCACAGACCAAGACGGUAAAAAAUGUGGCCGGAAAAAGUCCCACUGCCAGAGCGGUGACGACGAGAAGCACGAAGAAGACGAAGGCAAAAAGCAAGGCUUCAAAACCUAAAUCAAAGACUUGAGGUUUGUUUAUCAGUGGUUGGAGGUGUUGUACACUACUAUUGUUCUGAUGGUAAAGAUUUUCUCUUGAUGGUCUUUGUUUAUUCUCUGACUUCUAACGUAACCAGCGUUGUCAGACAAAGCCAAUUCAACACCUGUUUUGUAUUGUUUUCAAUAGAAAUUAAAAGCAAGACGCACCCAAAUUGUCACUGUCCAGGGUCUAUAAAACAAUCAAACAAUCCAGAUUACCCCCUGAAUGUAAUCACUAGUUCCUUAUCCCAUUUUGGACAUUUCCCGAAAUUAAUGCCUCAUGUCAGUCAUCCACUGUUUUAGUAUGUGUGAAUGGAGGCGGGCUGCUAGAAUACACACACACAAGCUCAUAACAUAAUCAUUAGGUUAACGCAGCAGAGAUGAUCUGGAUCAGCCCCAAAAUGUAACAGCUUAUUCAUCUCAUUUUGGACAUUAGAUGAAAACCCGCCAUAACUUUUUGAGUUAUUUUGCUGACUGACAAACAAACCAACGGCGAAAAUUACAUAACCUCCUGGGGGAGAUAACAAUUACCUCACCCCAGUAGUUGCUGAGGCGUUUGCAGUCUUUGCGGAGGUACGAUGUUUGCAAUUAGUGGAUCUGAUUAGAUUAGGCUUGUGUAUCCCAAUGUCUCCCGUGAAAAUCAUUGCAAUGAGAAUAAAAACAAUAUCUUAUUGGCUAAGACUACACUACUCACAUCACAGUGUUAUGUUAUCCAAUAAAAUAUUUUCUUUUUCAUCACAAUGCAUUACUUUUAUGGUGAUUUUGAGCUGGACUUUGACAUUUACCCUUACAGGACAUUUAAAUAAAUGACAGAAAAUUAUAUUUUUAGAGCCCACUAUUGUCAUAAAAAUGUAUAUAACAUUUAAAAAGAGAAAUAAGAAAUAAUUAGUGAGUAGUGACAAAGUUAUUUACCAACACAUUGUAUUUUUUUCGGCCCUUCACAGGACUUGUUAGUCUGCAGCUGGUUUGCAACUUCACAGUAGGAGUUUGUCUUCUCGCAUUGUAAGAUGUCAGUGAAACACGAGUGUUCCCAAAUCCCCAGUUUUACACGCGUUACUUUCCCUGGUCUCUUUCCAUCCAAAUGAUCCAAAAGAAGAUUACUUUUCACAUCUAGCAACGUCGUUACCUAACCCUUUUACUGUCUCAACUUAUUGUUUGUUGUUUUUAGUCUUUGUGUAUGAUUUCAAGUCACUGUUGACAGUAGUACAUUACCUUGGUGACUUUUUCUUUUGUAAUGUGUGUUGGAAUAAACACAGUAACAUCUGA